AUGGCUUUUGGUUCACAGAUGUUACAUUGGUGCAGACGAAAUGUGUGGACAAUUCGGUUGCGAGGAAAGAAAAAGCGGUACCUGGGGCUUCUUGGUCUCGCCGUGUGGGUGUUGGUGAGUGGCUUGUUUUUGCUGUCGUUGACAGACUCUGGUUACAGUUUGUCAACACUGGCAUGGGAUAACUUGGGAUUGCAGGAGCCGCGUGCAAACAACCAAAGCAUUACCAGCGACGAAAAGAGUUUGGGACCAGAAGAUCUACAACGCCUAUACCGCCAGCUUCACUAUGAAACAGACUUCCAGUAUCCCACGUCGUACCGGUUGCAGCGAGACCUUCUCACGGUGCAGAUGGGGCCCUUGAGAGGGCAACAAGUUCCAUCAGUUGACGAUUUGCCGUUCUACGACGCUGAUCCGCGACUGGUUUGGAGCGUGCUUGCGCACCAUCUCAUCCAGCAUCCGAGCUCUGACGCCAGGUUGCCUUUUUCAUGGUACGAUUGGGCUGAUUUCCACGACUACAACAAACUUCUAUCGCUAAAAAAAACAGAGGUCCCCUGUGACUUCUUUUUCGGUUACGAGUUUAGCAGCUCGCAGCUUUCGAAAAUCGAGCAAGAAGUGGGUGAAGAGCUGUUUGAGUUUGAUCGCCCUUACUACGAUGCCACGCGUGAGUUGGAUUCCGACGAACACCGUGAAAUGCUGGAACGAUCCGUAAGCUCGUGCACUUUUGACUCAAGUUCUGCCUCUUCGAAGCGCUACUCCAUCGGAGCAGAAGUGACACUUUUGCAGGAUGCUGUACGACCCGAGGUUUACAGAUUUCAGGCCAGAAAUUAUAUGCUACAUAAUCUGGCCAACCCAUUGUCUUUGACCAUCCUUAACGAUGAUCAGAGUACCUGGCAACUUCUGGUUGAUCAAGAUUCUCGUCAAACCCUAGUACAAUCUGGACUGGUGGCCAACUAUCUUGAAAAACUUCAGCUCGCUAAAGAUCAAGACUUCACUUUCAACUCUUCCGAGGAAUUUGAUAAAUUUGCCAAUAGUGAGUCCUCCGAAUCCCAUCGCGUUCACAUAGAGGACUUAGAUGUCGAGGAAUCCCGAGCUUUUGAAAAUGUCUUCACAGAUUUAAAAGAAUCCGACUUUGAGUUUGACGCGUUGGCCGAGAUACAGAAACUCGAAACGCAGCCCACACCCUUGAAUGCUCAUCACCUCUCAUACUUGGAGAGCUUGCGUUAUUCCACAAACACGCAUUUUGCGUUUGCACCCAAGUACUUCCAAGAACCUGGUAGUUUAAAAGACUUCUUGGAGCUCGGGAGACACCACGAUAAACGAUUUUUCAACGGUGCCAUAUUUCGCGAUUCGGAAGAAACCCAGCUACGCUUAAAUUCAAUGAUGAGAACGUUCCAAAAAUUUUUAAAAGCCAAUGGACUCAUCUGUUGGAUUGCCCAUGGAUCUCUGUACGGCUAUUUGUACAAUGGAAGAACUUUUCCUUGGGACAACGAUUUCGAUAUGCAAAUGCCGAUAAGGCACUUGAACAUUCUCGCUAAGAACUUCAACCAAAGUUUGAUUCUCGAGGAUCCUCGGGAUGGUAAUGGGAGGUUUUUUCUGGACAUUGGGAGCUCCAUUACGACUCGUAUCCGUGGUAAUGGAGAAAAUAACAUUGAUGCGAGGUUCAUCGACAUUGAUUCGGGGCUUUACAUUGACAUAACUGGCCUCAGCGUCUCCACUGCUAUGAUGUCCGACAAGGAUGACGCUUUCUUCAGUGAACGCAAGGAUGCUCUGGGGCACGAGGUCAAAUUUAGAGAUCCCAAUUUGAUUCCUAACAAAACCGACCUUCCGCUUCAAGUCCUUUACAAUAAAGUGGAAGGGGAUAUUUUGUAUUCUUACGAACAGAUCAAGAAGCUCAAAUCCCUGAUUACCAAAUAUAACGAAGGUUUCUCAGGGGAUCCUUCUCCAUCGAAGUUUUAUUCUGCAGAACAAAGAUACAGUCUCAACCACGAGCUGGGUUUGUACAAUUGCCGCAAUCAUCACUUUGUUCAUUUUGAUAUGGUAUCACCGCUAAUAUCCACAAACUUCCAUGGCGUUGCUGCCCUAGUACCAAGAAAGUAUGUCAGUUUGUUGAAAAGAGAAUACAGUGUGCCUUCAAAAAUGGACAUCAUAACAUUCAACGCUAAAACGUUCAUUCCAAAAUUAGGGGCCUGGAUGCCAUCGUCUCUGCUCAAGAAGCUACUGAAUAUCAAGAGGCCACGAGAAGAUUGGGAAAUGGUAAAGUCUGGGUUGAACAAACUUGGUCCCUCGGAAGUAGGCAUGCUUUCUCGAAAUGCAGCCAGGUCCAAGGAGACUGGAUUUCUUUCAAACAUUUAUAAUGGCAUGGAUAUCAGCACGUAUAGGCUGAAGGAACUUGAAAUUCAUUUCUCGCGGAAUCACACUGCCGCUAACAAAGAGAGCUUACUUCAGCAAUUGAAGUCCGACAUCGGAUCCCAUCUAAAGCCCCAUAUGAAAGAUCCACUAAUACAUCGCCUGCAAAAACGUGAGUUGCACAAACGUUCGCAAACCACUGAAUCGGAGACCGAAACUUACUUGACCAUCAAUUUGGCAAUCGCUGGCGAAAUCCAAGGGUGGACCGAAAUGCUGGACAAUAAUACGUUAGCGCUUUAUAAGGGCACCCGAGAAGGUUCGCUUGAUUUCAAUUUUGAAAGUGGAGACGUCAACAAUAUAAACAUCUUUGAGACGGAUCCGCCAUUACCUGACCAAAUUUAG